AUGAAUAGUCCACGUCAGUUGAUAACACACACUAAGAUUGCCAGUAUUUAUAGGGUCAAGGAUUUAGCUGUAAAAAUAGUAUCCACAGAGCAUCACAUACCACCUCAUAAUGUGCAAAGGGAAAGAAGAAUACUUCGUAAACUAGCUGUUGAACCAGUAAAUCAAGGCUAUGGUGCGCAUGUAAUAAAACUAAUUGAAGACCAAUGUAAAAACUCAAAUAUAGAACUGUGGUUCAAGUUUUAUCCAAUCGACCUCGAGGAUUAUUUACGAUCAUGCUUUAAGCCACAGAACAAAUUCAAUCCUUACUACACACUAGGAGAAGUCCUGGAGACCUCUCUCAGAUCAUCAUAUGUGAAUGAGUUUGACGUUAAUGAAUUUGCAAAGGACUUCUUUUUACAGAUUGUGAAAGGUUUGAAUUUUAUACACCAGAGUGGAAUUAUUCAUCGAGAUAUAAAGCCACGCAACAUUGUCUUAGAGAAGCUAUCAACUGGAAAAUUUAACUUGGUGCUUAUCGACUUUGGGAUUUCCUAUGAUAUAACUGAAACUAACAUAGAUGAGAGACCUGAUUCAAAAAUAACUGAUGUCUCCACAUCAAUUUACAAGGCUCCAGAACUAUUGUUCGGUGUGAAAAAUUACUCUUCAGCUGUUGAUAUAUGGGCAAUGUUAGUUAUAUUAUCAAACUUUUUUUCAUUGGCGUCUGAUUGCAAGAAUUAUCUAUCCAGUUGUUUUGAUGACGGAUAUAGGCCUGGCGAAGAAGAUGGUAGUGAUAUCAAAUUGAUAUUUUCUAUAUUUGAAAAAUUUGGUGUUCCUACUGCUAAUGAAUGGCCUGAGGUUAUUAAUCAUGGGUCUUCUGAAGUGUUUAAUGGAUUUUUUGGCAACAGCGAUACUUCAAGAUAUAUAAUGAAACUCAGUGCUGUAGAACAAAGGCAAAUAAUAGCUUCCACAUUUCCAAGAAUAGAAGAACUAUCCGAUACAAAAUUUAAAAACAAGUUGUAUGAAAUUUUGGUAAAAAUGGCAUCUUAUGAAUCGACAUGCAGGAUAACAGCAUUAGAAAUUUUACAGCUGCUGGAGAAUAAUGAGUAG